ACCGCGGCGGACGCGGCUCGCAGCAGGGCCGGCGCGAGAUGCAGCAGCAGGCCGGCCCCGGGCCUGGACCGCGCCGCAUCGAAAUCAGCCUCAACCGCGACGUCAAGCUGCGCGAGACGGAGAACGCCUGGAAGGCCACGUACAAGGCGAGCCCCGGCGAUCUGGACGACGAGUCGCGCGUCAUCCGCGCCUUCAAGGGCAUCCUCAACAAGAUCACGCCCAACAACAUCGAGCGGCUGACGGGCGAGAUCAAAAAGCUCGAGCUCAACACGGAGAGUCGGCUGCACAAGAUGAUCAGCACGCUGUUCGAGAAGGCCGUCGACGAGCCCAUGUACGCCGACCAGUACGCGCUCCUCUGCGUGUCCAUGUCGAAAACGGAGGUGGAGAGCGCUGAGAAGGACGGGAAAGUGAACUUCCGCAAGCUGCUGCUGACGCAGUGUCAGCGCGAGUUUGAGAAGGACAAGUCGUCGGAGCUGAACCGUGACGAACGACUGAAGGAGAUCGCCGAAGAGAAGGACGAAGAAGUCAAAAAGGAGAAGAUGCGCUCGCUGGAGAAGGAGAGUACCAAGAUGCGUCUCCGCUCUAACGGGAACAUCCGCUUCAUCGGCGAGCUGUACAAGCUGGGCAUGCUCACCGACCGUAUCAUGCACCAGUGUAUCGUCAAGUUGGUGAGGGACGAGCACGAGGACUCGUACGAGUGCCUCUGUAAGCUGAUGACUACCAUCGGCCAGAAGUUGGAGAAGGCCGAGGCGGCGCGCGGAAAGGACCUUAGCAGCAUGUUCAACGGCUUCAACAAGGUGAUCCAGGAAAAGAAGUUUUCGUCGCGGAUCCGCUUCAUGCUGCAGGACCUGAUUGACAUGAGAAAGAACGGCUGGGUGAACACGCGCACGGCCGGCGUGGCCAAACCGAUGACGAUCGAGGAGGUGCACAAGCAGGCGCGGCAGCAGGCGGUGGAGCAGCAGGUGGCGCUGGCGCAGGCCGAGGACCGGCGCCGCAACGACCGCGGCUCGGACCGCGACCGGCGGCGCGGCGGCGGCCGUGACGGCCAGCGCGGCAGCUCGGGCGGCCCGUCGGCCGACGGCUGGAGCACGGUCAACCGCGGCCGCUUCGACGCCAGCCGCGUCAUGAACGCCAUCAGCAGCGGCGCCAACCAGGUCGAGUCGAACCAGGUGAAGCUGGGCCCGGGCGGUGGCAGCUCGUGGUCGUUCGGCUCCAAGGUGACCGGCGGGCGGCGCGGCGGGCCGGCCGCCGGCCCGGGCGCCGGCGACGUGCGCACCACGCCCAACAUGUUCAGCAUGCUUCCGGAGGACGGCGGCAGCGGCGCACCGCCGCCCAUGCGGCUGGGCCCGCCCGGCCGCCGCCUGGGGCCGCCGGCCGCGCCCGCCGCCCCGGCCGCGCCCGCCGGACCUCGCCUUAACGGCCCAGCCACCAUGGACGGCGAGAAGAUGCGAGGAACUGUUCGCCUUAUCUGCGAGGAGUAUAUUGAUAGCAAGGAUUUCCCGACGAGCUUGCUCGACGUGGAGGAGAAGCUGCAUACGGACACCAUGUCCCAGUUCGUGACCGAGUGCCUGAACUUCUACGUGGACGCCCGCUCGACGGAGCAGCGGCACAUGACGGGCGAUCUGCACCGCCGCCUGCUGGAGAGCGGCCACCUGACGGCCGAGGCGUACCUGGCCGGCGCCCAGGAGCUGCUCGAGGUGGCCAGCGACCUGGCGCCGGACAUCCCGUCCAUGUGGGCGAACCUGGGCGAGCUGCUGGCGCCGCCACUGACGGCUGGCCGGCCGGCCGUCUCGCUGGCGGCGCUGGCGGCGCCGGCCGCCGCCCUGGUGGCCGACAAAUGCGGCGGCCGCCUGCUGGUGGCGCUGCUCAAGCGGCUCGUGUCGCUGCACGGCGCCGACAAGGUGCGCGCCAUGGUGCCGGCCAACUUCGACUGGAGUUGCUUCUUCGGCAGCGAUGACCACGUCAAGCCGCUGCUCAACGCCCAGCUGGGCUUUCUGGUGUCGGGCGCCAACGUGCAGCUCUCGGUAGAGAAGGCGCCGCCAGGCCGCGGCGUGCGCUCGCUGUUGUCGCGCGUCCAGGGCGAGCCCGAUUUCGAGCUCUGGGUCAAGCGCAACGUCGGCGAGGAGGACCGCGCUUCCGCCCAGUUCAUCAAGGACGUUGUCUGCGCGCUGUGCUUCGAUGCUAUUGUGAUAGAUAACGGCGCCGAGAAGGUGCAGUUGUCACGACUGGAGAAGCACGGCCCCCUGCUCAAGUGCCUGAUAGUCAGUGUGGAGCUGGAGCUGGCCGCCCUGUACGGCGUGCUGGCGCUCGUGCGGCACCUGCAGUUCCCGCCCAAUGUGCUGGACCAAUGCUUCCGCCAGCUGUACGACAUGGACGUGAUAUCGGAACCGGCGUUCCUGCGUUGGCGCGAAGGCAAUGACCCAGCCGAACAGGAGGGCAUGGGCGUGGCACUGAUGUCGGUGAAGGCGUUUUUCAAGGCGUUAGAGGAGGACGCGGCUGGUGACGACGACGAGCGCACGUGAUAGCCGGCGCACCCCGCCUAGAAUAAUUGGAGACGCGAUGGCAGCGCCGUCGCAGGGAGAUCGUGCAAGUGUAACUAUGGGAUGGUCCGAUAGAGCGGCGCUAGUGCGGCGUGGCUGCGUCACAGCAGGGUGGAAAGCGACGCCAGCGCCAACAGGGCGAGGCGGACGGCUGACGCAACACUCCGACACUGGUGCUUGUUUAGUGAUUUUUUGUAUUAUGGAUACAAAAGCUCGUUCAUUUUGCGAUGGCAACGCGCAUUAUUUAAUGAACUUUGUAAAUCUAAUAAUCCUUGGCAUAUUACCUUGUGUGUUAUGGAUAAGUCGUGUCAGUUGUGUGUAUAUAGUUUGCUGGAGGGCGGCGGACGGGGCAGCGGGCGGCACGGCGCCGCACCGCCGCUGUUCGGCGCGCUUUAUAUCAUAAAGCAAAUUAUAAUUUUAUAAAUAAAAAAUAAAAACAUGUCUGGGUGUGGUGGUGGCCGGCCGUCUGCUGCCUGUGUGAAUAACAACUGGAGACACGUA